CGCACUACGUCCCUAUGGUAUGCGCGAGGCGGCUGCUGCGCACCGCCAUUUUGGCUGGAGGCCGUAGGAACACGUUGAGUAGUUGAGAAGUGACGGCAAGAACUGAUUUGGCCUCUGCGCUCCUCUCCGCAAGGAGAUCGUUCUCUCCUGGAGAGCUGGAUAUUCUUACUUAGAAUAAUGGCGGAUAAAUUAACAAGAAUUUCUAUUGUCAACCAUGACAAAUGUAAACCUAAGAAAUGUCGGCAGGAGUGCAAAAAGAGUUGCCCUGUUGUUCGAAUGGGAAAAUUAUGCAUUGAGGUUACUCCCCAGAGCAAAAUAGCAUGGAUUUCUGAAACUCUUUGUAUUGGUUGUGGUAUUUGUAUUAAGAAAUGCCCCUUUGGCGCCUUAUCAAUUGUCAAUUUACCAAGCAACUUGGAAAAAGAAACAACACAUCGAUAUUGUGCCAAUGCCUUCAAACUUCACAGGUUGCCUAUCCCUCGUCCAGGUGAAGUUUUGGGAUUAGUUGGAACUAAUGGUAUUGGAAAGUCAACUGCUUUAAAAAUUUUAGCAGGAAAACAAAAGCCAAACCUUGGAAAGUAUGAUGAUCCACCUGAUUGGCAAGAAAUUUUGACUUACUUCCGUGGAUCUGAAUUACAGAAUUACUUUACCAAGAUUCUAGAAGAUGACCUAAAAGCUAUUAUCAAACCUCAAUAUGUAGACCAGAUUCCCAAGGCUGCAAAGGGGACAGUGGGGUCUAUUUUGGACCGAAAGGAUGAAACAAAGACACAAGCAAUUGUGUGUCAACAGCUUGAUUUAACCCAUCUAAAAGAACGAAAUGUGGAAGAUCUUUCAGGAGGAGAAUUGCAGAGAUUUGCUUGUGCUGUUGUUUGCAUACAGAAAGCUGAUAUUUUCAUGUUUGAUGAGCCUUCAAGUUACCUAGAUGUUAAGCAGCGUUUAAAGGCUGCUAUCACUAUACGAUCUCUAAUAAAUCCAGAUAGGUACAUCAUUGUGGUGGAGCAUGACCUAAGUGUCCUGGACUAUCUCUCGGACUUCAUCUGCUGUCUGUACGGAGUGCCAAGUGCAUACGGUGUGGUCACUAUGCCUUUUAGUGUAAGAGAAGGCAUAAACAUUUUUUUGGAUGGCUACGUUCCAACAGAAAAUUUGAGAUUCAGAGAUGCAUCACUUGUUUUUAAAGUGGCUGAGACAGCAAAUGAAGAGGAGGUUAAAAAGAUGUGUAUGUAUAAAUAUCCCGGAAUGAGGAAAAAGAUGGGCGAGUUUGAGCUAGCAAUUGUAGCAGGAGAGUUUACAGAUUCUGAAAUCAUGGUGAUGUUGGGGGAAAAUGGUACUGGUAAAACGACAUUUAUCAGAAUGCUUGCUGGAAGACUUAAACCUGAUGAAGGAGGAGAAGUACCAGUUCUAAAUGUCAGUUAUAAGCCACAGAAAAUCAGUCCCAAAUCUACUGGAAGUGUUAGACAGUUACUACAUGAAAAGAUAAGAGAUGCUUACACUCAUCCACAAUUUGUGACUGAUGUAAUGAAGCCUCUGCAAAUUGAAAACAUCAUCGACCAAGAGGUACAGACAUUAUCUGGUGGUGAACUGCAGCGAGUAGCUUUAGCUCUUUGUUUGGGCAAACCUGCUGAUGUCUAUUUAAUUGAUGAACCAUCUGCAUAUUUGGAUUCUGAACAAAGAUUGAUGGCAGCUCGAGUUGUCAAACGUUUCAUACUCCACGCUAAGAAGACAGCCUUUGUUGUGGAACAUGACUUCAUCAUGGCUACCUACCUAGCAGAUCGAGUCAUCGUUUUUGAUGGUGUUCCAUCUAAGAAUACACUUGCAAAUAGUCCUCAGACCCUUUUGGCUGGCAUGAAUAAAUUUUUGUCUCAGCUUGAAAUUACAUUCAGAAGGGACCCAAACAACUAUAGGCCAAGAAUAAACAAACUCAAUUCAAUUAAGGAUGUAGAACAAAAGAAGAGUGGAAACUACUUUUUCUUGGAUGAUUAGACUGAACCUGAGAAUACUGAUUUAAAAAAGAAACAUUUAUUGGCGUUUUUGUCAUAUAAAACUUUAAUCAGGUUUUAUGCCCCACAUAUUCUGAAGCCUGAAGCAUAAUUUAUUCAAAAGCCAGUUGUGUUGUAAAUUGUAGUCUGAACACAGAAAAUAGAAAAUGCCACUUUUCUGUUCUUGAUGAUAAGGCCCUUUUUGUCCAUAACAUUCUAAAAUGAAGACAUUUCAAGCUAUACUAAUUACCUCCAAAUUUUCAUGAUGUAUGGGAAGAUUUUCAAUAGGUGUAUUAUAUUCAUGUACCAAAUGCUGACCAGUGUUGCCCCCUUUUAAAAAUAUGGAAAAUCUUGGAAAAAGUUUCUGUACUUGCGUGGUUUGCCAACUAUAUCAGUAUAAUGAAAUUGCCCUUAUUUUAAAAGCUGGUCGUAGAUAACACUGAUGAAAUUUGAUAAAUAAACAUCAGGAUUAUAUUUGUUGUUUUCAGUCUUUGCACUAUAUUGUCAGUGUGUUUAGACUUUCAGAGGAAGAUUACCACAAAACACCACUGUCAGAAAAUGGCUGUACCAACAUAACCAUUGUUUACAAUGUUUCAGGUGCUUUUGAAACUAUCAAAAAUUACUUCAGUACUCCUUAUCCCCGCCAAGAAAAAAACCCUAACUUUACUACAAAUUACUGUUUUAGCAUUCUGUUAGAUUCUAUGUUCUGUAAUUAUUCUCAAGGUAAUGUCAUUCUUUAAACAUACAUUUAUAUAGUCACUGAUCAACAUUUAGGAAAAAGCAUUUUAAAGAAUGUUUGUUUCCCUUAAACGUGCAGGCUCAAAAUCUUUAGAGGUGGUGCCUAAGCAUCUGUAUUUUUUUAAACUUCCAAGCAUUUCUGAUGGGCAGGCCAAGGAAUGUGAGCCGUUUACCUAAAGGCAACAUUAAUGCAAACAAGUGCCCAGAUAGCAAUACAAAGUGUCCCCUUGGAACCAAAUAUUCGUAUAUUCAUUUCUAAGUUUGUAUAUUAGAGGACACUGUAUACAUCUAUUUGACUUUUAAGUUUUGGAUAGUAAGAGUUAUAAAAACUCAUCCAAGUCUCUAGUCCCUCAGUUUGAACAAUGGGGUAACUGUAGUGUGAAGCCACUUUCUAUUAUACUUCUGACUAAUAAAUGAACUGGGACUAACAAGCUUCAGGUGAGGAAAAGAGUUUUACUAAAUUAAUGGAGCAAGCAAACAAGAGAGGAAAAGUAUAAAUUAUUGAACAGACUUUUAGAGCUCCGUGAAAUAAUAGAAGCUUUGAUUAAUAUGCCAAUAGUGGAAAGUAUGGUUUAACUGGGCCCCAAUAGGCCUUUUAAAAAUUAAUGUAAUCCAUAAAUACGUUUGUAAAAACUUCAAAUAUACAGAAAUACAUGGAAUAAAGUUAUCGCCCUACACAUUACCCUCCCAAAGGUUACCAGUGUUUGCAUUUAAUAAUAUAUAUCCUUUUAUGUUUUUUCUGUGCACUUAACCUGAGUGUGAAUAUGUAAAAGGUUUGUUUUGUACAUAAAUGGGAUUAUACUAAAAUAAGUAGUGCCUAUUUUUAAAGAUAGGUUAAAUUUGUGAAUGAUUAUUUCAAAUAUAUUGAAUAAAAGAAACCAAAAGCUAUUUAUAUUUACUGAUGCUG